CACAACAAACAGUAAAGCCACAAUCUAUGACACUUUUUUGCUACUUGCCACUUCAUGUGGUUUUAAAUACUUUAUUCAUCUUCACUCACUUGCCUCAGUCACUUCUUGCUCCCCUCUAUUUUUCCCUCUCCCUAUCUCAACAAACAAACACACACACACAUUCUCUUAUACAUCAUUCUUUUUUCUUCAUCAAACACCCCACGAUCCUCUCCCAACAUUUUCAAUCCUUUUUCUUUCUUUACACCAAAACAAACCCUCCCCACUCUUCAAUUAUUACUAUUAUAUUUCCCUAUUCUCUCUUUCACAUUUUAUCAAACACAUGGUGUUCAUUAUUCUCCUAUAGCUCAAACCUUUCAAAACCAACAUACCCAUCAAAUUACAACAACGUCCCAUUUCUUAACUCAAUCCAUGGCUCUUGAAACUCUCCUCUUCAAGGUCAAAACCGCCAUUUCAAAUAGCUUCGACUCUGUUCCACCUAAGCUUCUCAAAAAGAAACCUUCUUUCAAAUCCAAACGAAACGUCGACGUUUUAGCUUUCGAGAUCGCUGGUGUUAUGUCGAAGCUUCUUCAUCUUUUUCAGUCUCUUUCUGAUGCAACCAUCGUUCGAAUCCGAAACGACGCCGUUACUCUUGAAGGUGUUCGGAAAAUCAUAUCAAACGAUGAGUCGUUUCUUCUUGGACUCGCUUGUGCUGAGUUUGCUGAGACACUCCGAAUCGUUGCUAACUCGGUUACCCGACUAAGUCACCGAUGCGAGGAUCCUAAUCUUAGGAAUUUCCAUCGGGCUUUUCUUGAGUUUGCUGAUUCGGGCUGUGACCCAAAUGGGUGGGCUUUUUCCAGCCCAAAGGAAAUUGAAACUAAGUUUAGGAAAAUGGAACGUUACGUGAUGCUUACGGCAACUUUACACCGUGAAAUGGAAGAGCUUUCUGUUUUGGAAAAUGGGUUUAGAAAAGCUUUGAAUUUGAAUCAUCAUCAUCGAAAUAAUCAUCAUCGUAAUAAUAGUUGUGAAGGAAAUGAAGGUUCUUUGGGUGUUGGAAAAGAGCAGAAAAUUUAUGAACUUCAGCAGAAGAUUUGUUGGCAGAAACAAGAGGUUAAGGAUCUGAAAGAUAGAUGUUUGUGGAGUAGAAGUUUUGAUGGUGUUGUUUUAUUACUUGUGAGAUUUUGUUUCACUGUUUUAGCAAGGAUUAAGGUUGUUUUUGGUAUUGGUCAUUCUAUGCCUUGUUUGUCAUCACCUAAUUUGUCAGCUUCUGCAACUGUUUAUCCAAAUUCUUGUCAUGAAUUUGUUUCUGGGUCAUUGGAAAGCUCAGAGCUUGGAGAAAACAAAGAAGGUUUGGGAAUUGGGUUUUUCGAGUCUAACUCAAAGCUUUUGAAACCACCUCCUAGUACCUUAGGUGCUGCUGCUUUGGCUUUACAUUAUUCCAACUUGAUUAUAGUGUUGGAGAAGAUGAUAAAGACACCUCAUUUGAUUGGUUUAGAUGCUAGGGAUGAUUUGUAUGGUAUGUUACCUAGUAGCAUAAGGUCAGGUUUAAGGGCUAGGUUGAAAGGAAUUGGGUUUUGUGCAAGUGAUCCUGUUCUUGCUGGUGAAUGGAAAGAUGCUUUGGGGAGGAUAUUAGGGUGGUUGUCACCUUUGGCACAUAACAUGAUUAAGUGGCAAAGUGAAAGGAGUUUUGAGCAGCAAAAUUUGGUGCCUAAGACUAAUGUUUUGCUUUUGCAGACUUUGUUUUUUGCAAACAAAGAGAAGACUGAAGCUGCUAUAACUGAGUUGCUUGUUGGGUUAAAUUAUAUUUGGAGGUUUGAGAGAGAAAUGACUGCUAAGGCUUUGUUUGAAUGUGCCAAUUUCAAUGGUUUUAUUAAAUCUACAAAAACAUAGUAGUUAGUUUUAUUUUUUGUUGUGUUGAUCCUCGGUUCUUAGGGGAACUGGUCCUAGUAAUCUGGAGUUCGGCUGCAAAGUAAGUAAAGUCUGGCCAAGAAAUUGUUCCACCCAGAAAUACAUAGUAGUUAAUUAAUGAGAUUGGUUUCUACUUCA